AUGGCUCCAAGGUUUGAUAAAGGAACUUCAAUGGGGGAUGGGGAACUCACUGAGUAUGCAACAAAAAUCUUGCAAACAAGAUCAGAUGAGUCCAGAUUAUGCUAUGCUACACCAUGUGGGGGUGAUGAGUUUGAGGUUAGAGAUGCACAUGUGUACUAUCCCAUCAAACUAGGGGCUGGAACUUGUGGUUGUGGGAAGUGGCAACAUUUAGGGAUCCCAUGUAAGCAUGUGCUCAGGGUGAUUUACCACCAAAGGCUGCAGGCUACAGAUUUUGUAUCACCUUAUUUCAAAGGGAGUGCAUAUAAAAACACUUAUGGAGAACAUAUGCACCAAAUGCCUGACCAAAAUCGGUUGCCUUCAUUCAACCUCCCUGACAUACUACCAUCCUUAGUGAAAAGAUCAGCAUGUAGACCCAAGAAACAAGGAAGAAAAAGGGCUAAUGAAGCAAGAAAGGGAAAGAGACAUAGUACAGUCAAGUGCAGCCUAUGCAAAGAAUUGGGCCACAACAUGAAGAUAUGUGCAGCAAAGAAAAAGAGAGCAGCAGCUGAAGCAACAAGUGCAGCAAACAACAACACUGAGCAGCUUGAAGCAAUAACUGCAACAAUCAACAACAAUGCAGAGGCUGAAGCAAGCACUUCAAAGACCAAGAAGAGAUCAAAGAAAGCUGCAUAA